AUGUCUUCCAAUCCGCUAAGAAUAAUACCUGGCGAAGCGCACAGUUCUCGCGUCAGCGUGACCGCCUUUGGCGAGCCUGCGCCCUCCGCCCCGGGACUGCACGAUACGCUAAGAUCAGGCGAAGGUCCCCUUUCUGUCGCGUCCAAAAUCAACGACAGACACCCGCUGGAGAGCAGAGUGCAGAAUUGGGACGCCACUCAGAGAGAACACCAGCUGGAAGCCUACAGACGCAUAUUCGGAGCAGCAGACCCAAUAAAGAGAGAGAUGGAGCUGAAGCUCGUGCAGGACACCGAUUUCAGGCCAGCGGUGCUGGGCGGAUCCUCCAACGUGCACAGAGACAUCUUGUUGAACAAAGAGACCAGCAUCGACUGGGAGGAUAUUUAUUCAGGUAAGUUUGCGCAGACUACGUGUUCUAACAUCUCCGCAGCCUCGGACAGACCUCCAAUGGACUUCCAUACCGAGAUGGAGAAGAGGUUUGGUAUUUGA